ACCCACCUACCUAACGCCAGUCGGAUCGGACCAACCAACACACACAAACGCCCAAGAAACAACACGCCACGCUUCCUCCUCCUCCCCUCAUCGACCCGAGCUCCAGCAAAAUCAACCAUAAAUCUCCACAUGUCCAUACAUCCAGAGCUAGCUGACGCAGCCUGAUAUUUUUGGCGCCAUUAAUCAAUCAGUCAACCAGCCCCAAGCUCGAGCGAGCUCACGGCGACGUCCAGGUCCAGGUCAGAGCCGUUAUUUAUAGGAAGGAGGGCCGGCCAUGUCUUCCUCCUCUCCCCCCAAUAGCAACGACAGCGGCAAGAAGAACCCGCUGGACGCCAUGGGCGCCUUCUUCUCGGCGCAGGUGAACCGCCGCAAGCUGGUCUCCACGCAGAAGCUGGCCAUGUCCGAGCGCUGCACCUCCUGCGGCGACGAGUUCCCGGGCUGCGCCCACCGCCCCGCCGACCGCAAGACGUGGAUGGCGGAGCUCGGCCCCGACCGCCUGCGCGUGCACCAGGUGGUGUGGCCGGGCACCCACGACUCGGCCACCAACAAGAUCGGCAUCCCCUUCAUCACCCGCCCCUUCGCGCAGUGCCAGUCGCUCUCCGUCUACCACCAGCUCGCCCUCGGCUGCCGCCUCCUCGACGUCCGCGUGCAGGAGGAGCGCCGCGUCUGCCACGGCGUGCUCGCCACAUACUCCGUCGACGUCGUGCUCGACGACGUGCUGCGGUUCCUGGCCGAGACCGUGUCGGAGGUCCUGGUGCUGGAGAUCCGCACCGAGUUCGGGCGCGAGGACCCGCCGGACUUCGCCAAGUACCUGGUGGAGCGGCUCGGGGAGCACCUGAUCCCGCAGGACGAGGCGGUGUUUCACAAGACCGUGGCGGAGCUGCUCCCCCGGCGGGUGAUCUGCGUGUGGAAGCCGCGCAAGUCGCCGGCGCCCGGCCGCGGCGAGCCGCUGUGGAGCUCCGGGUACCUGCGGGACAACUGGAUCGACACGGACCUGCCGGAGACCAAGUACGACAGCAACCUCAAGUUCCUGGGCCAGCAGCCGCCGGCGAGGGACCGGCGGUACCUGUACCGGGUGGAGAACACGGUGACGCCGCAGGCCGACAACCCGGUGGUGUGCGUGCGCCCGGUCACGAACCGCAUCCGCGGCUACGCGCGCAGCUUCAUCGCCGAGGCCUUCGCCAAGGGCCUCGGCGACCGGCUGCAGGUCUUCUCCACCGACUUCAUCGACGGCGACUUCGUCGACGCCUGCGCCGGCGUCACCAAGGCCCGCGUCGACGGCGCCGCGUGAUCCGUACGUUGCAUGGGGCCUGCGUGUAGUAAUUAGAGCGGUGGCCGCGCGCGAUUAGAGGGGUUCCUUCGUUUGUCCUUCGGGUUGUCUUCUCUUUUCGUGGUGUGGUGUGCAGAGCAGAGCAGAGGAGGGGAGCAGAAGCAGAGUGUCUGAGUGUGCGUCCGGGUGGGGAUUAUUUACUUACAUGUGAAUUUGGGACACCGUGGAUUAAUGGUGUUGAUGUUCGUGUGUGUGUUUUGUACUAGUGGAUUGGGGGUCUGUAAAUACAGUGGCGAAUUGCAUGUGCAAAGGAAUAAGCAAAACUGUUUGAUGUGAA